AUGGGUAAAAGUCAUGGUUACAGAUCUAGAACACGUUACAUGUUCCAACGUGACUUUAAGAAGCAUGGUACUAUUCCAUUGUCUACUUACUUGAAGGUUUACAAGGUUGGUGAUAUCGUUGAUAUUAAGGCUAACGGUUCCAUUCAAAAGGGUAUGCCACACAAGUUCUACCACGGUAAGACUGGUAUUGUUUACAACGUUACCAAGUCCUCUGUUGGUGUUAUUAUCAACAAGGUUGUUGGCUAUAGAUACAUUGAAAAGAGAAUCAACUUGAGAGUUGAACACGUUAAGCACUCCAAGUGUCGUCAAGAAUUUUUGAACCGUGUUAAGGAAAACGCCGCUAAGAAGGCUGAAGCUAAGAAAUCCGGUAAGGCUGUUCAAUUGAAGAGACAACCAGAACAACCAAGAACUGCUCACUUUGUUUCUACUGAAGCUAACAAGCCAGAAACCUUGGCCCCAGCUGCUUACGAAACUUUCAUUUAA